AUGAAACUUUUUAAACAGCGACAAGUAUCCCAACAACCUCACUUGAUUUCCUUAACAGCUAUAAUGGUAUUAAUUCAGCUUUUUGCAUGGAUAUCUGCGAUUUGGAUAGUACUUGUUGCGUCGUUAGAAUCAAAUACGGUAAUUCAUUUAGGUCAGCAAUUAGCCGCUGAUGUGGGAAAGUUAGGAAAUUCUGAUGUUGAAAUCAGUCAAGACUCUUAUGAGAAAAUGCUUUAUUUCAGUAAGAUCUGUGCUUUAACCUACUGCAUUUCUACUGGUCAGUUGGAAGCUAAUAAAACAUUCUUAGAUGGUGGAUGCCCUGAAGAGCUAGAUUUUUGCUCUAAUGUAGAAGAAAAUCCAUCCAUCAACAGAACAAGGGUUGAGUUAGUGUUGGUUGCUGAAAAGGAGGAGUUGGGUACUGGAUUUGUGGCAGUGGACCACGAGAGAGAAGUUGUUAUGUUGGCAUUUAGAGGAUCCAGCACAAGACAGGAUUGGUUCAGUGACUUUGAAAUAUACCCAACAGAAUACAGGCCUGUAUCGGAAAAACACUAUGAUAAGCUAGUGGAGAGUGGGAAGAUUGAAAUAUGUGAGAACUGUAUGAUUCACAAAGGUUUCAAUCGCUUUAUCGAGACCUUGAGUAAAGACUUCUUAAACAGAGUUGAAAGAAUAUUCAAAAGAUAUCCUGGUUAUAAAAUGGUUGUAACAGGACACUCUCUCGGGGCAGCAUUGGCUAGCAUAUGUGGGAUUGAGUUGAAGCUCAGAGGGUUUAAUCCAUUAAUCUUGACAUAUGCUACACCAAAAAUGUUCAACGAUGAGAUGAGGGAUUGGGUUGAUAGCUUAUUUAAGACGAAAAAGAUACAUGACAAGAGUGUAAAGAAUGGUGAACUAGAUAUGUUUCAUGGUUAUUUCAGGGUUAUACAUCUACAAGACUAUAUUCCAAUGGUCCCCCCUGGCUAUAAAGCUGCUGGUUUGGAAAUUUUUAUUUCAAAGCCAGAACUACCACAUGAGAAAGAAGAUCUAGAAUAUCGAGCUAUUGGAAGUGGUGCAACAUGGAAUCAGCUUCCAACUAAUGAAUUGACAAGAAGUGCUUUAAGAAACGGUAUGAGUAAUUUAUUCCAUAUGGAUGAGCAUCGGAAGUAUUUCAUUAUGAUAAACAAUUGUUCUGGCUUCUGA